AUGAACAACUUUAACUUUACUGACAAAACAGAAGAAACAAUCAAAGCGGCAAUAGAACUUGCUCGCGAAUAUUCUCAUGUUCAAGUUUCUUCGGUACACUUGGCUUGUGCACUCAUUGAGCCAACCGACGGUGAUUCAUUGUUCAGGUCUUUAAUCAAUAAAUCUGGCGGCGACGCCGUUGCCGCUGAGCGAAAUCUCAAAAAACUGCUCGUGAAGUUGCCGGUGCAAGAACCUGCUCCUACAGAUUUGGGGUUUUCGCCGCAAGCGACAAAAGUCUUUCGAGCUGCACAUGACAUUCAACAACGGCAGAAAGAUGCCUAUAUAUCACAAGAUCAUUUAAUAUUGGCACUGUUUGAAGAUAGGCAAUGCGAAAAUGCGCUGAAUGAAGCUGGAGUUAGUAAAAAGACAAUUGAAAUCGCAAUUAAACAAGUUAGAGGAAAUCGUCGCGUGGAAACGAAAAGUGCAGAUGAGAACUACGAAGCCCUUAGCAAGUAUGCAAUUGAUCUCAUAGAACAAGCCAAAAAUGGUAAACUCGAUCCUGUCAUUGGUCGAGAUGAUGAAAUUCGUCGCGUAAUUCGAGUUCUUGCUCGCCGCACGAAGAACAAUCCCGUGUUGAUUGGUGAGCCGGGUGUCGGAAAGACUGCUAUUGUUGAAGGACUGGCCCAACGUAUUCUUCGAAAGGAUGUACCUAGAAUACUUGAUUGUAAAUUGUAUUCGUUAGAUAUGGGUGCUCUCAUUGCUGGAGCUAAAUACCGUGGUGAAUUUGAGGAAAGACUCAAGGCGCUUCUUAAAGAGGUGAAAGAUUCUCGAGAGGGCAUUAUACUGUUUAUCGAUGAAAUUCAUCUUGUUCUUGGAGCUGGUAAAACCGAAGGUUCAAUGGAUGCGGCCAAUUUAUUAAAACCAAUGCUCGCACGUGGGGAAUUACGAUGUAUCGGUGCAACAACGUUAAACGAAUACCGUAAAUACGUUGAAAAAGAUGCAGCUUUUGAGAGAAGAUUCCAGCAGGUAUAUGUCGGGGAGCCUUCCGUAAUAGAUACUAUAAGUAUGUUACGCGGAUUAAAGGAGAGAUAUGAGAAUCAUCACGGUGUAAAAAUCGCUGAUGCAGCACUUGUUGCCGCAGCACAACUGUCAGCACGUUACAUCACCAACAGAUUCUUACCCGACAAGGCGAUUGAUCUAAUGGAUGAGGCAUGUGCCAAUACCAGAGUCCAACUAGAUUCAAGACCCGAAAAAAUAGAUCACUUGGAACGACGCUUGCUACAACUCGAAGUUGAAGCCACUGCACUUUCUAAAGAAAAAGAUGAUGCUAGUAAGAAACGAUUAAAAGAGGUGAAACAGCAAAUCAGUACAAUUAACGACGAGCUGUUACCGCUCAAAGCCAAAUAUGAGGAGGAAAAGAGACGUUUAGACAGAUUAAGAGAUUUAAAGCAGAAACUUGAGGAAGUAAAAGCAAAAGCGGAAGAUGCAGAAAGAAGCAAAGACUUUGCUGUGGCAGCGGACUUGAGAUACUACGCCAUACCUGAAAUUGAAAGAGAAAUCGUCCGAAUCGAAACGGAGAAAGCUGAUGAAGAUCAAAGACGUAGUGAUUCAGACCUCCUCUUCACAGAUGUAGUUGGGCCAGAACAGAUUAUGGAGGUUGUUUCCAGAUGGACCGGAAUUCCUGUAUCAAGACUUUCAAAGAGUCAGGCAGAAAGACUUUUGACCUUAGCUGAGAGUUUGCACAAACGUGUCGUUGGACAAAAUGAAGCUGUGCAAGCAGUCGCUGAUGCCGUAAUAAGAAGUAGGGCCGGUCUAGCAAGAGAGCAUCAACCAAUUGGUAGUUUCUUGUUCCUCGGUCCUACUGGUGUUGGUAAGACUGAGCUAAGUAAGGCACUUGCGCAAGAGUUAUUCGAUGAUGAGAAGUAUAUCAUUCGAAUUGACAUGUCUGAGUACAUGGAGAGUCAUUCUGUUGCUCGUCUGAUCGGAGCGCCACCUGGUUAUGUCGGACAUGACGAAGGCGGGCAACUCACUGAAGCUGUCAGACGACGUCCAUAUAGUGUAGUGUUGUUUGACGAAGUUGAAAAGGCCCACGUACAAGUACUGAAUAUUUUGCUUCAAGUGCUAGAUGAUGGUAGAUUAACUGAUGGACAGGGCAGAGUUGUUGAUUUCAGUAAUACAGUUAUUAUCCUAACAAGUAAUUUAGGUUCUUACCAUUUGCAAGGCAUUUUAACCGAUCAAAUCGACAACUCUGUGAGAGAUGCGGUGAUGAGUGAUGUUAAACGUCAUUUUCGUCCCGAGUUCAUCAACCGUCUUGAUGACAUUAUAAUAUUUACUCCACUUGGACGUCAGCACGUGCGCAAGAUUGUAGAAUUGCAACUGAAUCAGAUAAACGAGCGCCUUCAAGAUAGGCAGAUUGCGCUCGUUGCUUCUCCAGAAGCAAAUGAUUGGAUGGCGGAGAAUGGAUAUGAUCCGGUAUAUGGUGCAAGACCAAUACAUAGAUUAAUUAAACAUAAAAUCUUAAAUCAAUUGAGCAGAAUGAUUCUUGACGGUAGUAUUAGAAACGGAGAAGUAGCAAAGAUCACGAUUAAACCAGAUGGAUCUGACAUCGAAAUAAUGAAAAACCAUGCAGCCACAGGGGAGGAAAUGGCAAUAGAUAGUAUGGAUAACGAUGCGGAUGAGAUUCUUGAUUAA